ACAGCAGCAGUCGUUCACUUUCUCUUUUAUGCUGCAGUUAUUUGUUUUUCAUUCAGGCCAGACCUUGGACAACCUCGUUGCUUUGCUGGUCCUUCCUUGACGUGGCAAAUAAAAAUGGCUGCCGAGUGGUAACGCUGUGGUGUUGUGAUUGGCAUUGUCCUUGCGUUCUCUGAUGCUUUUUUGUUUUUUUAAUUUAUUUUUUUUAAAUCGCUUUUUUGUUAGCGGAAAUUCCAAACUAUAUCAUGAGUGGCUGGCCUGGGUUUUCAGAAGAUGAACUGCGGAAAUUGCAGCAAAAAGACUCCGUGAUAGCAGGCAAGCGCAAACUACGACCGCCCAACCGGAGUCGGCAACAAUCGCAACGUGACAAAGCCUUGCAGCAAGCCGCUCGGGCAAGUACUGCAUUUGCGUCCCAUGAACUUCAACCCGAGCAGCAGCUCAAUAUCGUGCCUUCGAGAGGUGAGCGCGAGGACAUUGCACCUGGAGGUCCGGCUGCUAAAAGGAAUGUGCGCCAGAGUCUCGGCGAGGAACGGACGCAAGAAAAGACGCAAAAUCCGGAGGUGAAGGAGCUGGAAAUAGAAGAGAUUGCACUUCGAGGCAAGACUCGCCUGGAGCAACUGCAACAGGAACAAAAGAUCAUCGAAGAGAGGAACAAGUACAAGAGGGCUCUGCUUGCGAAAACUAUAGCUGAAAAGUCCAAACAAACUCAAGCUGAGGCGGUGAAGCUGAAGAGAAUCCAGAAAGAGCUGCAGGCCCUCGAUGACAUGGUUUCUACUGACAUCAGCAUUCUGAGAGGAAAGAUAGAGCAAGCCAGCUGGGACUACACGACUGCCAGAAAGAGGUACGACAAGGCCGAGACAGAGUAUGUCAUGGCCAAGUUGGACCUACACAAGAAAACCGACAUUAAGGAGCAGCUGACAGAGCACCUUUGCGCCAUCAUCCAACAAAACGAGCUACGCAAAGCCCUCAAGCUGGAAGAACUAAUGCAGCAGUUGCAGCUUCAGGCCACUGAGGAGGAGCUGGAGAGGCAGAAGGUGGAAGAAGGCAAUGUGGGAAACUGUGGACUGCAAGCACAUGUGAAAGAGCAGAAUGGCGUUUUGGAACGUCAGGAGGGAAUAGUGCAAUGGACACCCACAGAGGAGGAAAGUCUGAAGGAGGAUGAUGGCAUCCAUCUGGGGCACCAAUUGAGGAAUGAAGCACAGCUGGAGCAAGAGUGUUAAACAGCCGUGUUCCCAGAAUGAAAUGGUGGAUCCUACAUGACAUUGUCCAUUCCUCAGAGGGAGUCCAAAACACUGCGGCAUCAUAUCAUUUUCAGAUCAUAUUUAUCUGAUGCGACCCAAAUGUUUUCAGAAUACAGCAAAACAUACAGGAACUGGCCUCGCCGUUCCAAUACUUUGGCAAGAGCUCCAAAUUGCAGCUUUUCUUUCCAGGUCGCGUUCCCCCACUACUCGCAGAGGGUAGGGACAGAAAAGUUAUGGGUUUAUAAUUGGCUCGGGAACACACAAAAUGGCAGCGACCCGCUACUUUUCAAUCAGACAUGGCUAUGGCCUUAAAACAGCAAAUAACGGAAGAUAGGUUUCCCUAAACAUUUGCGAAUCGAGAAUAUGCGGGACCUGAUACCCAACCUGGAAGAAAGCGUUGUAUGUAACAGCACCAAAUGUUUACGUGAGCAGUGAAGUUUAUAGUUAAUAUUGAAAUCAUUAGCUCAAAGCAAUAAAAUGAAUUAACCCCGUGAAUCACUGACAUCGCCAAACUUUUAAAUUAUUCUUUUGUUCCUACACUUUUGCUCACAUGAGAAAUGGGCGUGUUCAAACAAAGUCAAAUUUGUCGUUCAGAUUCUGUAAGUACCUGGAAAUAGACUCGGAAAUGUUCUCACUUGUCAUAUUCGUAUUUUGGUGUUCGACCCAGAUGUUUUCACAGCAAAUGUAAAAGAAUUGUUUCGAUUUUUACAUACAGGUGCAUCUCAAUGCAUCCUGGAAAACUAUUUCAGUAGCUAAAUUCAAAUUGUUAUAUGAAUGAAACGCAUGGGCAAAUAUUUUGUUUUUGUCAAGAUCAUGAUUUAUGACAGCUAAUAUGAACUAAAAAUUCAAUAUCUCCGAAACAUUUUAAAUGCAGCGGCACCUCGAAUUAUGAGUGACCCAACUUUAAAGUUUUUUGAUCUUCAAGUCUUCAACUCGGCCUUUGUUUGAGCGGUUUUAAAAGCCGUGCGUUGCGAGCAAUGAUUUGAGUUACGACCCUCAACCGCUAGAUGGCGGCAGUGAGCUUUAUAACAUCAUGAAACAGUUUAGCCCUGAGCGAACCAGUCCAGUAUGAGUCAAAGUGUGCUUGUUUCAAGCGGUUUGUUCCCACUCCCAGUUAGUUUACUGUAAAAACUAAACUUAAAACAGAGAAUAAUAUGGUGUGUACUUCCCAGGAAGAAUAACCUGACACGGGAGGUGUGACCCACGAGGAAUGAAUCAUUCGCCGUGCACUCGCGGGCACACACGGAGCCAGCCGGUCACCGGUCACAACCCCGCAGCCUUGCGCUGACGUGUUAGCUUGGGCUUUAGGAGCUUUGCUGACAUUUUUUUUGUUCCACCUUUGGGAAAAUGAGAAGGGGGGGGGGGGGAGCCCUUCCAGAGUUAGCUAAAAAGACUAGCAACCAGAUGCAGAGCGAAAGGAACCUCAGGCAGCUGAGAGGAUGUUACAUGUAACGGGUAUGUAAUUGAUUUGUAAUUGAUUGGACUCAAGUAGAUUUUUCACAUAUCUGUAUUUAUUUUUGUGGUGACUUUUUAGUCUUGCGCCUUACUUUUUAAACCCAAACAUCUGUACUCUCUACUCCUUACAGUGAGUAAAUAAAUGUACACUAUAGUGUAUAGUGUCUGUCUGUGUAUGUAUAUAUAUAUAUAUGUAGGAAAAAUAUGAUUCAAGAUACAAAAUAUGCCCAAGUUAUUGAUUGAAUACAGGUCCAGAAAAAUAACAUGAUAAAUCAGAUGUACCGUAAAUGUCCACCUGGUGGAGCCAAAGGGGAGUUGCAACCAAUCAUGACAUGGUUCUAAUACAGAUGUAUGCAGCGUUCACACCGAUUCGUUUUGGGCGAUUCACGCCGCGUGAAUAACAGAGAAAGUCGAUGCAGUUCACGCGAAUAGAUGUGAAUCCAUGCCGGGCGGCACGUAUGACACAUUUGACGUGGCACGAGUGGGGGAGGCACGUGAGCAUUUGCCUCCUUCACCGGUUCGCUCGGAUUUGGGAGAGUUGAACUACAAGCGACACUCGCGUGGUGACAGGCGAUCAGUGUCGAGAAUAGGACUUGCGUCCCUGAGCUUUUUCUCACGGCGUGUUAUCAGUCCCGUGACCGAGCAGGGUUGGAAAACGGUGAAAGAAGAAAGCUGCCGUACCUGGUAAGUGUAUUUAUUCAUUUACUUGUUUACAGCUGUUGAACUGUGAACCGGAGCUUUAGCACAACUACCGGCCACCUGAUUACUAGAUACACACACACACACACUGAUUUCUAUUAACAGGUUGAGCAGGUGGGUCAAGGAGAACAGGAGGCCGCUGCCUCUGCCCCACACCUCAAACACUGAAAUAACUAAACCCAACGCAAAGUUUCCGUUUUGUGGUCAUUAACGCCACCUCGUAGCUAACGUGUCCCCGGGUCUCAAUUUUGGAUGGA